UUCCCUUGCAAGUUUAGUAAGAUUUUUGGAUAUUAAUUGUUCUUAUGUACUUAGCUAUAUGUUAUAUGAUUUGAGGAUUAUAUAUCUUUUAUACGUAUAUGAUCUGGAAUUUGGACCCACCUACCAUGUUAUCACCAUUUUGAUGAUCUGUAUAUGGGGUUUUUACAUAAUACGAAUCUGAUGGAAAAGCGGUUUUUAUUAUGGCAUAUUAAUGAAUGGUGAAAUUUGUUCAUUUUGUUACGGUUUUGUGGCAAUUCUGUUUCUGGGUGUUGUUGGUUUGGGAUUUUAGCUAAUGAUCUCCGGAAAUUUUGGUUUUUGAGAUGGAUUUUAAGAUCUGGGUCUAGCCAUGCUGCAGUUUUCCUUUGGAGCAAUAGCCUAGGUUUCUUUAGGAACACUACACUUUGAUAGAGCAAACAUAAUUCUUUAAGUUUCUGGAAAGGUUUUUUUUGUUCUUUUUUAUGGUUUGAUAAUAUUAUUGAAGCAAUUGGUUAUAUUCUUCUACCUAGUACAUGAAGACGUCCUUUUUCAUUUAUAUCUAAAAGAUGAUUAUAACUCUGCUAAUUUAUUGCAUGAAAAUCAAAAUGAAAUGAUUGAUAAUAAUAGAGAGUUCAGGUUUGUUUUAGAUAUGGGAUGAACCGGAAUGAUUAAAAUUCUGCAUGGAUUCAAGUAAAUUUUAACUAUCAAUUUUUUACUUAAUACCGGAUGUUUUAGAAAUGUAUAAAAUGCUAUUAAAGGUGAAGUUAAAUGAAUUUAAUGCUGACAAAAGACCUUUAGCUUCAGCACUUGCUUUCCUGGAAGCUGUUAUGUUCUUUAAAAUCUUAAAUAAUGUGAAAUAAGUACAUAAUACAGUAAUUGAUACCAAAUUUAGGCUGGUCAUUUAACCCCUAUCUAGAUGUUUGCUUAUAAUGGACUUUUCCAUGGCUGAAUGGCAUCAUGCAUUAAGCCCUAUGUAUUCAGCCUUCUGCAGGAUCUUAGAGUUUCGUUUAAAUUGCAUGAAGUACAUUCAUGCAUACUUAUCUAUGCAUUUUACAUUUUCAUACGCACGUGUAACUGGUAUCUUUGUUCCGUCUUUCUUUCAAGUCCUGCUUAUACUAUGUCAUGUUGUUCUGUAUUUUCUUCAGUUUUUGGUAUGUUCCAUCUUCCUGUGAAGUCCUGAUUAUACUAUAUCGUGUUGUUCUGUAUUUUCUUCAAUUUUCUGUAUAUAUCCUCCAUAAUGUUUCUUUUGCAUCAUCUUAUUCUUGCAUGGAUUGAGCUUUAUUUGGACAGGAAAGUGACUUUGGGGAUAAUCAGUGUUCACGUGCACAUUAUACUGUUUUAGAGAUUUCAGUUUGAAUCAUGGAAGUGCUCCCCUGUUCCGGUAUUCGGUAUGUUGCGGAUUCUGAUUGUGCUCAACCAAGUUUAGGAACAACUUCUACUUUUGACGGAGAAUCUAAUUGCAUGGAACAUAGAAAACAAGUUAAAGUGGCCGAAGGUAGGAUGGAUGACUUAUUGCUAAGUGUGGAAGGGAAUCCAGCGAGAAGACAGGAUGAAGGCCAAGGCACACGGGAUGAGUUGCCAAUUUCGGAAGAACACCAUAGUGGAUCUUCAUAUUAUGAUUGUCAGGUAGAGGGCCAAAGAUUAUCUUGUGGAUCGCAUGAUUAUGAAGACGAUGAUUCAAAUGCACAAAAUUGUUGCACCGGACCUUACUUGGCCUCUGAAAACUCUCAUCUAAUUGUUGACACCAUCGAAAGUGAAUCACCAAGCAACAACGGGGAGGGAGAGUUGUCUCUUUCUGACCCCAAGUGGUUAGAGUGUGAUGAAUCUGUAGCAUUGUGGGUCAAGUGGAGAGGAAAAUGGCAGGCUGGAAUCAGGUGUGCAAGGGCUGACUGGCCAUUAUCGACUUUAAAAUCAAAACCGACUCAUGACCGGAAGCAGUAUUUUGUGAUAUUUUUUCCUCACACCAGGAAUUAUUCUUGGGCAGACAUGCUACUUGUCCGAUCCAUCAAUGAGUUCCCUGAGCCUAUUGCAUAUAGGAGUCAUACAGUUGGACUAAAAAUGGUUAGAGAUUUGACUGUCGCAAGGCGGUACAUAAUGCAAAAGCUAGCUGUUGGCAUGCUGAAUAUAGUUGAUCAAUUUCAUUGCCAGGCUUUGAUAGAGACAGCACGUAAUGUGAUUGUCUGGAAGGAAUUCGCCAUGGAGGCUUCACGCUGCUGUGGUUAUUCUGAUCUUGGAAAGAUGCUUUUGAAACUUCAUAGUAUGAUAUUGCAGCACUACAUAAAUGCUGACUGGCUUCAAGAGUCUUUUCAUUCAUGGGUACAACAAUGUCAGAAUGCACAGAGUGCUGAAUCCAUUGAAUUGCUAAAGGAGGAAUUGUUUGAUUCUAUACUAUGGAAUGAGGUUAGGUCUCUUGGGGAUGCACCAGUGCAGCCCACACUUGGUUCUGAAUGGAAAACCUGGAAGCAUGAAGUUAUGAAAUGGUUCUCAACGUCUCAUCCUGUAUCUACUGCUGUGGAUAUUGAUCAGAACAGUGAUGGUCCCUCAAACACAAACCUUCAAGUUAGCAGGAAGAGGCCCAAGCUUGAAGUCCGUCGUGCAGAGACACAUACCUCCCAAGUGCAAAGCAAUGGUUCAGAUCAAACCAUGACGGUUGAAAUUGACUCUGAUUUUUUUAGUAGCCGAGAUGCUGUAGUUGUCAAUAUGCCAAAACCAGAACUUUGUAAAAAGGAAGAUGAGGGGAAGGAAACCACACCGAUGGAUGCAUCAAAUAAUCUGACUGACAGAUGGGACAAUAUUGUAGUUGAAGCAAGGCAUUCUGAGCUCAUCCACUCCAAAGAUUUAGAAAUAAUACCAGCAAGUGAAGAGGUCAAUAGCACCUCAACUCUGCACAUUCAGCCAAAAGAAUUCGAAUUCACGCCUUUGAAUGAAGCAGUUGCUAAGAAAUCCAUAGAUACUGGGAGUAAAAACCGGCAGUGCAUAGCAUUUAUAGAGUCGAAGGGAAGGCAGUGUGUGAGGUGGGCAAACGAUGGGGAUGUUUAUUGUUGUGUGCACUUGGCCUCUCGUUUUAUUGGUAGCUCUGGCAAAACAGAAGUGACUCCCCUUGUUGAUACACCAAUGUGUGAAGGUACCACCGUGCUUGGCACUAGAUGCAAGCAUCGGUCACUAUAUGGCUCCACAUUCUGCAAGAAACACAGACCCAAAAACGAUGCAAAUGAUAUUUCACAUUCUCCUGAGGACACACAAAAAAGGAAGCACAGGGAGAUUAUUCCCAGUUCAGAAACCACAUCCUGCAGAGAUAUAGUUUUGGUGGGAGACAUUGAAAGUCCCCUGCAAGUGGAGCCAGUGUCAGUAAUUGGGAGUGAUGCCUUAAAUGGAAGAAACAGUUUAAAUGAGAACCCUGAACAUUCAGGUAAAGAUCAUGAUAACACAGAAUUACUGCAUUGCAUAGGUUUAUACUCCCAUAGUGGUUUUGAUCCUUGUCAUGAAAGUCCUAAGCGGCAUUCAUUAUACUGUGAUAAACACCUUCCCAGCUGGCUCAAGCGUGCAAGGAAUGGUAAGAGUAGGAUAGUAACCAAAGAAGUGUUUAUAGAUCUUUUGAAGGACUGCUAUUCACUUGAGCAAAAAUUGCAUUUACAUCAAGCAUGUGAACUUUUCUACAAGCUCUUUAAAAGUAUUUUAUCUCUAAGAAACCCAGUUCCUAUGGAAGUCCAACUUCAGUGGGCCCUUUCUGAAGCAUCAAAAGAUUUUAAAGUUGGGGAAAUUUUAAUGAAAUUGGUUUACAAUGAAAAGGAGAGACUCCAAAAGUUAUGGGGUUUCACUGGCAAUGAAGGUGCACCUUUGUCCUCUUUUGUGGAAGAACCAGUUCCCUUGCCAUUGGCGGUCAAUGAUAUCUUCGAUGAUGACAAGGCCAUUAAGUGCAAAGUUUGCUUGGUGGAAUUUCUUGAUGACCAGCAGCUUAGCACACACUGGAUGGAUAAUCAUAAAAAGGAAGCACAAUGGUUGUUUAGAGGUUAUGCUUGUGCAAUCUGCCUGGAUUCAUUUACUAACAAGAAAGUUCUGGAAUCCCAUGUUCAGGAGAGACACCAUGUGCAAUUUGUUGAACAGUGCAUGCUUCUCCGAUGCAUUUCCUGUGGCAGCCAUUUUGGCAAUACUGAUGAAUUAUGGUUGCAUGUGCUGUCAGCUCAUCCUGUUGAUUUAAGACUGCCAAAGAUUGCUCAACAGCAUAAUCUAUCUGUGGGUGAGGAAUCUCCACUGAAACUUGAGCUUGGCAAUUCACCUUCUUUGGAGAAUAAUUCGGAGAAUGUAGGCAGUUUUCAAAAGUUUAUUUGCAGGUUUUGCGGCUUAAAGUUUGAUUUGCUGCCUGAUCUUGGCCGCCACCACCAAGCUGCUCACAUGGGACCAAGCUUAGCUAUUUCUCGUCCCCCAAAGAGAGGGGUUCGUUAUUAUGCUUAUAAACUAAAAUCUGGGAGACUUAGCCGUCCUAGAUUUAAGAAAGGUCUGGGGGCAGUGUCAUAUAGAAUCAGGAACAGGGCAACUGCCACUAUGAAAAAACGCCUACAGGCAUCAAAGUUGAUUGACACUGACAUCAUCAGCAUAGAGCCUGAUGCAACAGAGACAGCAAAUCUUGGUAGAUUAGCAGAAUUCCAGUGCUUAACCCUUGCAAAAAUAUUAUUUUCCAAAAUUCAUAAAACAAAACCGCGACCUAAUAACUUGGAUAUUUUGUCUAUUGCUCGCUCUUCUUGUUGCAAAGUAAGCCUCAUAGCCUCAUUGGAGGAGAAGUAUGGAAUGUUACCAGAACGUACGUACCUUAAGGCAGCCAAGCUUUGCAGUGAGCAUAACAUUCAAAUGGAGUGGCACCAAGAGGAUUUUGUAUGUGUAAAUGGAUGUAAGCCUGUCAAGGACCCAUAUUUAUUGUCCCCAUUGAUGCCUCUUCCUAAUGGCUUUGCUGGCUACCCAUCAGCAGAUUCCUUGGAUCAUGUGGAUGAGGAAUGGGAGCUAGAUGAGUGUCACUAUAUCAUUGAUUCGCAACAUUUUAGACAAUGGCGCGUGCAGAAGGCCACUGUCUUGUGUGAUGAUAUAAGCUUCGGGAAGGAAUCAGUUCCUGUAGCUUGUAUAGUGGAUGAUGGUUUUUCUGAUUUCCAUUACAUCUCUGGUGAUAGUUCCAUGCCUUGGGAGAACUUUACUUAUGUUACAAAAUCUUUGCUUGAUCAAUCCUUUGAUCUUGAUGCUGAGACUUUGCAACUUGGUUGCACCUGUUCCAAUUCAACAUGCUGUCCUGAGACAUGUGAUCAUGUGUAUCUCUUUGAUAAUGAUUAUGAAGAUGCAAGAGACAUAUAUGGGAAACCCAUGCGUGGUAGACAUCCAUAUGAUGACAAAGGGCGUGUUAUCUUGGAGGAGGGCUACCUUGUCUAUGAAUGCAAUCGCAUGUGUAGCUGCAAUAGAGCAUGUCCAAAUAGGGUUUUGCAAAAUGGAGUACAAGUGAAAUUGGAAGUCUUCAAAACAGAGAAUAAGGGCUGGGGAGUCAGGGCUGGUGAACCAAUUCUGAGUGGCAAAUUUGUGUGCGAGUACAUCGGUGAGAUUUUAGAUGAGCAGGAGGCAAACAAUAGGGUUACCAGGUAUGGUAGAGAUGGUUGCAACUACAUGUACAAUAUUGAUUCUCAUAUCAAUGAUAUGAGCAGAUUGAUUGAAGGACAGGUCCAAUAUGUUAUUGAUGCAACCAAAUAUGGAAAUGUUUCUCGGUUCAUCAAUCAUAGUUGCUUGCCGAAUCUUGUGAAUCAUCAAGUUCUUGUGGACAGCAUGGAUUGUCAGCGUGCUCACAUUGGUCUCUAUGCCAGUCAAGAUAUAGCUAUGGGUGAAGAGCUGACUUUUGACUAUCGAUAUGAACUGCUGCCUGGACAAGGAUAUCCAUGUCAAUGUGGAGCUUCUGCAUGUCAGGGCCGUCUUUACUAAACCAACCCUCGGUGAGCACUGUGGGGUCUCCAUGGCUUCUAAGUAUUGCUUUUUGAGUUCACAAAUAAUGAUACAGAACUCUAACAUAGGAGCUCUACCUCCAUCAAGCCAGUCAGGUCUAAAUCUGGCUGUCUUGCUGCAAACAUUUUCUGCACUUUUAGCAGGUCGUUCUUGCACUAAGGCAGCCGUAAACUGCCAAAUCUCUAUCAGUGGCAAUGGAUUCAGCAGGCAUCAGAAAGAACGUGCUACUUUCAGUGUGGAAUUCUAGACCAAGCCAGAUGGUAUCUACUCUAUUUCUUCGUUCUAAACGGGCUUCAAGGAAAUGGGAUGAAAGCUUAGAGUAUAUUUGGUAGAUCUCUGUUUAAAUUCUCCCCUCUCCCCCAAAUUUAUUUUUUCUUUCCUGAGUAAUGAAGUCACUUUUGGGUAAGACAUAAUGUAGAUUUUCCCCUUUUUCCCACAUUUGUACGGAGUUCUUAGGUUGAUAGCUUAGCCUAUGAAUAUUAGAAAACAGUUUUGAUAAUGCUUGAAUUGCCUCUUUUUGGAAACCUGCAUUAUAUGCCCCUUCUCUCUAGUUUGUUCUCCAUUGUAUAAAGUUUGAGCAAUUCCUUUUGUGUUUUGCUUUAUUCAAGUUAUUUCAAUACUCGAUGAGGACAUCCAUACAGCUAGUAAAAUGAAAGAAAUUCGCCAUUGUAUGUGAUAUUUUAGAAGUAAACUGAUUAAAAAUGAUAUGACUAGACAAGGUAUAUCAUAACUGACUUGUCCAAACUUCAAUUUUCUUAAGCGGGUUAUAAACAAAUGUUCUCCAAAAACAAACAGAAACAGGGAUGACUAAUCCUCAGUCUUAGCUGUCAUCUGAUAUUUGUCACAAAAAAGUUACAGAUGUUGCAUUAGCAAAAUGCUAGCGGUUCCUAUGAUC